GCCCGGGCUGCGCUGCUCCUCGCUAGGCCGUGAUCCCUACGAGCUGCUGCGCGGCUCAGGCCCGGCCAGUCUUCCACCGGAGGAGCUGCGCGAGCACUGCCGCCAUGAGCUGGGAGUUGCUGCUCGGGCUGUGUGCGCUGCUUCUGCUCGUGGUGCAGCUGCUGCGCUUCCUGCGGGCGGACGGCGACCUGACCUUAAUGUGGGCCGAGUGGCAAGGGCGACGCCCAGAAUGGGAGCUGACUGAUAUGGUAGUGUGGGUGACUGGAGCAUCAAGUGGAAUUGGUGAGGAGCUGGCUUACCAGCUGUCUAAAUUAGGAGUUUCUCUGGUGCUAUCAGCCAGAAGAGUGGACGAGCUGGAAAGGGUGAAAAGAAAAUGCCUUGAGAAUGGCAAUUUAAAAGGAAAAGAUAUACUUGUUUUGCCCCUUGACCUGACCAACACAAGUUCCCAUGAAGUGGCUACCAAAGCUGUUCUCCAGGAGUUUGGUAAAAUUGACAUUCUGGUCAACAAUGGUGGACGAUCCCAGCGUUCUUUGUUUGUGGACACCAGCCUGGAUGUCUACAAGGAGCUAAUAGACCUUAACUAUCUAGGGACAGUGUCCUUGACAAAGUGUGUUCUGCCUCACAUGAUUGAGAGGAAGCAAGGAAAGAUUGUUACCGUAAACAGCCUCAUGGGUAUCCUUUCUGUGUCCCUUGCCAGUGGGUACUGCGCCAGCAAACACGCUCUUCGGGGUUUUUUUAAUGGCCUCCGAUCUGAACUUGGUGCAUAUCCAGGUAUAACAAUUUCUAACAUUUGCCCGGGACCUGUGCAAUCAAAUAUUGUGAAGAAUGCCUUGACUGAAGAAGUGAUGAAGUCUGUAGGUAACGAUGGAGAUCAGUCCUACAAGAUGGCAACCAGUCGUUGUGUGCGGUUGAUGUUAAUCAGUAUGGCCAAUGAUUUGAAAGAAGUUUGGAUCUCGGAUCACCCUUUUUUGUUAUUGGCAUAUUUGGGCCAAUAUAUGCCAACCUUGACCUGGUGGCUAAGCAGCAAGUUAGGGAAGAGAAGGAUCGAGAAUUUCAGGAGUGGUAUGGAUGCAGAUUUCUCUUACUUUAAACCCUUGAAGAAAAAACAUGACUGAAGGAACACUUGGACUCUUCAGCCACUGGAGAGAGAUGGAAAACAUGAAAACAACAGUCUCAUAGUCUGAAGACUAAUCUGUAAUUUUCCUUUUUAAUAGAUUUAACUUUCCUUUCAACAUAUAAUAAAUAAUAAAAGAUUGCCAUGCAUCUUGCAGUAAAGAUAUUAGUACAUACUACAUUCUUGGAUAAAAAGAGCAUUUUAAAAUGCUCCAGUAUAAAAAAUAAUAAAAGAUUGCCAUGCAUCUUACAGUAAAGAUAUUAGUACAUACUACAUUCUUGGAUAAAAAGAGCAUUUUAAAAUGCUCCAGUAUAUAUACUAAAAAUCUAGAUUAGCAGAAUGGUAACCAAAGAAUUCAUUUAUCAUACAUGUAUGGACUAUUUCUCACGAGGCAGAGUGCUGGGUCAUGUGCAAAUACAAAGAAGUUUCUGAAACAGUUGAUAAUUACACAAGUGACUGUAAUUUGAAACAGUAGGCAGGACUUAUAGUAAUUAUUAUUGUUACCCGAAUAGGGUCUGUGCCCUGGAGCUG